AUGCGUUUUAUUUUCUCUUCCGUUUUGGCGGCUCGAUCAUCAUUUCCUCCUCGUCAUCAAGCUACUAUAUCACCAAUAUGGAUGACAACAACACGUCGUGGCAUCGCUUCUUUGACACCCAAUGCAAUUGUUUCUCGGCCACGUCGGGCAUUAUUUUAUGUUCCUGGCAGUGAUGAACGUAAACUCAAGAAAUCACAAUCGGUGGGCGCUGAUUGCGUGGUAUUCGAUCUUGAAGAUAGUGUCUCUCUCAACAAAAAGAGCACUGCACGCUACAUGGUUUAUGAUGCACUCGAGGAUUCGAAAAUGGAAAAUUCUGAAAAGGCAGUGCGGAUCAAUGCAGUUGGAACAGGCCUUGAAUUGGAUGAUCUGAAUGCCAUUUUAAGCUCCAAACAACUUGAAGCCAUCGUUAUACCCAAAGUCCAAAGUGCCAACGAUGUCAAUUUUGUUGCUCGUAUGAUUGAUGCUGUUGCGCUCGAAUCACGGCGAGACAAGAUUCAGUUGAUUGCUUCAGUGGAAAGUGCUCUUGGUAUCAUGAACAUUCAAGAAAUUGCAACAGCUGAUCCUAGGAUGGAUGCAUUGAUCUUUGCUGCUGAGGAUUAUUGUGCUGAUUUAGGCUUGAUUCGGACUAAAUCACGUAAAGAGAUGUUGUUUGCACGACAAAUGAUUGUCAAUGCAGCAUCUGCUUACGGUUUACAAUCGUUAGAUUUGGUAUGUGUGGAUUUCAAGGAUCCUGAAGUGCUCAAGGAUGAAUGCAAAGAAGGUCGCGAAUUUGGUUUCAGUGGCAAACAAGCUAUCCACCCAGCACAGAUUGAUACUAUCCAAGAGAUGUUUUUGCCUGAUCCAAAUGAUCUUGAGAGAGCUGUAAAGAUUUUACAAGGUUUUGAGCACUAUACGGCCAAAGGUGUUGGAGCUUUUCAAUUGGAUGGGAAGAUGAUCGACAUGCCUGUUGUCAAGUGGGCUGACAAGGUGGUUAGCAAGGCCAAAGUUGGCGGCAUGGAAAUCCCUAAACCAGAGCUCGACGUGAAUGCUGGCGGUGAGAAGUGA